AUGAAAUCAAUUUUGAAAAAGCGUGAUGUACAAAAUGGUACAUCAUCACCGAUGAUAAAUCGUAGUAUAUCUAAUUCCAUCGAGGACUGGUCAUUAGCUCCAUCAUCAAAUCGAGCGGCAACACCAGCAUUUCCGGUACGUCGAGAAACACCAUUACCAUUUCAUCCACUUCUAUUUGAGGGUGCAAAAGAUAUUAUGCCACCGAUGCAACCAAUCAACAAUAUCACUUACAG